AAACUCGUCAACAUACGGGUAGUUAGCAUUGAUUUUUAAAAGGGAAUACAUUAUGUAAUAAGUGUGUUAUGACAAUUGGAAUGUAUAAAAACCAAUUAGCUCAUAAGAGUUUCCUUUUUUGUACAGAAGGAGAGAAUUAGUAAAUAUGUGCUAGUAUGGAUGCUUUCUGGUUUAAACCUGUCAUAGACCAGGUUUUGUUUUACGUUGUAACGUGUUAUUUAAAUUAAGUAGACAGUUGAAUAUAUAAUUGUUGAAUUUAUAAUUGCUACUGUUAACACAUAAUCAUCAUUGACCUAGAUUUGAAUUAAAUUUCGUUCAUAAUAAAUACGAGUGACGAAAAAUGAGUGCAGGAAUCAAAAGGGUCUGCGAGAGUAGGAAGGCGUUUCACAGAUCUAAAUCCGAAAGCCAGGCGGAAACAUCAUUACAAACCAGGCGUUUUAAUGAGACAAGGUCACUGUCCCCUUGCUCGGAACAGUCUUCAGUUUUUGACAACACGAAAUGCGAUAGCUGUGGCACUAUAGGAAACCUAACGGCAUCCAUAAUAAAUGAUAUGCGAUCGGAAAUGCACAAACUUAUCACUCCUCUGGUGGACGAAAUUAAGCAACUUCGACAGGACAUGAAGAAAUUUCAACCAGACAUGCAGUCACCCAAGAACAAACAGACAUGUGUUCGAGCGGAGUGCAGAACAAACGACAUAUCAUGCAGUUCAAAUGAACCACAAGGAUUGUUGAAUGAAAACGGAGAUAAAGAAGAAGGUAUUUAUCAGGAUAUGAAUGAAGCUGCAACGCGUUCAGAUGAUGUCGGUGGAAUAGACAACAAGCUGUAUGACUAUGUUCAUGGAAAUACCCAUAAUCCGUUGAAUAAUAACAAGGAUAGUAAUGGUACUGUGGGAGAAGAAAAAGGAGAAAGUCGUAUUCAGCAUAACACUCAGUCACCGAAAACAACGAGACAUAAAGAGAUUCGAAGUAAAUCAGUUCAAGACAGGGCUAAAAUUGUGCCCGUUGCUCCAAGACGACGAUCUCAUAUCCAUAUAAAUAAAGUUUUUGACGAACGAGAAUGUCUAGCGAAUGCGUUACAGUUUCAUGUUGAGGACCUAGUUGACGGACUUAUUUUUCGUGACAGCGAAUAACCUGAUUUUAUUUUAGCUG